GCGGGGCGGGCCCUCUGUUUGUGGCACCGUGUCAGUUACAUUGAAACAAAAGUGGUUCCGUGGCGGCCAGGGCCAGCAUCCCCGGCCCGCUCGCCGCCGGCUGUCGCCGACAUGGAGCCCGUGGCCAGCAACAUCCAGGUCCUGCUGCAGGCGGCGGAGUUCCUGGAGAGGCGCGAGAGAGAGGCGGAGCACGGUUACGCGUCCUUGUGUCCGCACUACAGCUCCCGGGCUGUCUACAGGAGGAGGAAGCGACCCCUGCAAACUCCUGGCGCGCUGAACAGUGGGCGGUCUGUGCACAAUGAGCUGGAGAAACGCAGGAGGGCCCAGCUUAAGCGGUGCCUGGAGCAGCUGAGGCAGCAGAUGCCCCUGGGGGUCGACUGUACCCGAUAUACCACACUGAGCCUGCUGCGCCGGGCCAGGAUGCAUAUCCAGAAGCUGGAAGAGCAGGAGCAGCAGGCCCAGCGGCUCAAGGAGAAGCUUCGCAGCCAACAGCAGAGUCUGCAGCAGCAGCUGGAACAGCUCCAGAGGCUGCCGGGGGCUGGAGAGCGCGAACGGCUGCGAGCACACAGCCUGGACUCUUCCGUUCUGUCCUCGGAGCGCUCAGACUCGGACCAAGGUGAGUGCCCCACAGGGGCAGGGCUGGGUGGGGGGCGUGUAGGCGGGGCUCCUGAUGGGUUUCUCUCUGCAGAGGAUGUGGAGGUGGAUGUGGAGAGCCUGGUGUUCGGCACUGAGAAUGAGCUUCUUCAGAGCUUCAGCCCUGGCCAGGGCCUCAGCUACUCACACAGCACCAGUACCUGGCUAUGACAUUGGCUGCCCAGAGCACCCUUGACUCCCUCUGGACUGAGCCUGCCAGGCAGUGGCCCCACACAAGUCCCAAGGUCUGCUUAGAGCCACUUGGAGGAGGCUACAGAGACCCUUGUGUGGGCACAGGGCUCUCUGGACUCAGCUGCAGAGCUUGAGCCCCGGCCACCCUCCCCACUCCCCAGGGCAUUUUAGGUAGUCCUUGGCUCUGCUUUGCUGCCCACCACGGGACAGGAAGCCUGUAGACCUCUUGUUCCUGGGCAAAGCCCCAGGCCUCUGCCCCACAUAGACGGCAAAGUAUUUUCAUUAAAAUCCUCUUUCGUAAGUUCCCGUCCAUGGUUUUGCGUGAUGAGAUGGAGGAAGUCCCAGCCACAACUGGAAAAGAGGAAAUAAGAUCAGUAGCUGCCAAACAUGGUCCUGUGCUGGGCAGUGCGCCUCUAACACAGUGCAGAGGCUGCUGUUUGUGGAGCCGAGGCAGCCAUGUGACUUGUGGGAGGUCCAGAUCCAAACCAAAGCUAUCUGACUCCGGAACUGGGGCCAAUCAAAUCAAGUGUUUAUUGAGUGCCUGUUAUGUGCUAAAUAUUGUUCAGAGAAUAAAACAAGGAGCCCUGCC